AUGUCAGACAUAACAUCACUCCCCUUUGAGGCAACAGAAGAGGAUGAACCAGUUAUAUCCAACUCAAAAUCUUUUAACUCGGGCCCAGCUCAGAAUUUAACUGUUGAUGACAUUGAUGAUUUUGAGGAUGAUAAUGAUUUGGAGGAACUGAAUAGUCGCAGGUAUUCAAGGAGAACAAUGAAUGAUACUGUUGAUCUUGUUGUGGGUUUGCCUUCAUUUGCAACAGGUAUAACUGAUGACGAUCUUCGUGAAUCUGCCUAUGAAAUCCUUCUGGCUGCUGCAGGAGCUUCGGGGGGACUUAUAGUGCCAUCAAAGGAGAAGAAAAAAGAAAAGAAAUCCAAAUUGUUGAAGAAGCUUGGAAGGAGUAAGAGUGAACAAGUUACAAAUCAAUCCCAACAAUCGACUGGUUUGACUGGCCUACUGGAGACAAUGUGUGUCUAG